AAACAUGAGUAUAAAAUCCGGAAGCUACCUGACACUCUUUGCCCUGUGGGUGAUUACAGCGAGAGAAAUUUUCGUAACCGGAGAACAAAGGUUCGAAGAAACGCCGGCUCUUUAUCAAGAAGUAUCCUCCGGAGAUGACGUGCGUCUUAGGUGCAGGGUAAAGGAUAAACGAGGACAGUGUGUAUGGCAAAAGGACCGGAAGCCGGUGGGCAUUCAUCCGGGAAAAUAUGAGUGGGCGAGUGAUCGCGAGGGAGACUGUUCCCUCAUCGUCAAGAGAGCAUCUCUCGACUUCGAUGACGGUCAAUGGGAGUGCCAGGUUACCCCCGGAGAUUUUGCCCGUCAGGACGCCCUCACAUCCCUCCCAGCUCGCCUUCUGGUCAGAGUAAGCCCGAGAAAACCGCGCCUCGAAGUCGAAGGUACAGUGUUGGGUUCAAUCCUCACUCUGAGGGAGGGUCAAGAGGCAACGUUGUCCUGCGUAUCUAGAUACGGAAAUCCGCCUGCGCUGAUUAAGUGGUUUGUAGGUGGUAGCGAAGUAGCGUCUCUUAAGGACCAAACCAACGCAACGGAAGUCGACAAUCCGAAGACCUGGGCAGCCCACAGCCUUCUUCGAGUCCGUGGCGAAAGGACGAAUCACGGGAAGCCUGUUCGAUGCCUGAGUAUUCAUCCGACCAGCAUGGUGCCAGCGGUAGCAGAGUCGAAGCUCGAUGUGCAUUAUUCACCGGAAGUUAAGCUGGAAACGGUCCCAGGAUCUCUCGCUGCGGCGUUGGAAGACUCGGAGAGUUUCCUGAGUCUGAAGUGCCUCGUGGACGCGAAUCCCCCCGCAGUAGUCAAAUGGUACAAAGACUCGGAGCCGGUGGUCGGGUUCAAGAACAGCGUCUUCCCCAGGGACAAUCUAACAAACUCGAGCAUUCCAGGAAUGAUCGGAUUAUCAGAGCUCCCAUUCGAGCCUGUAAAACGAACAGACAAGGGUCUCUACUCCUGCCAGGCGUCGAAUACGAUCGGCGAAAGCCCGGCCGCUCACUACCGUUUCGACGUCCAAUAUGGUCCCAGAGUGACGUCCAUUAGCGACAAACGCCAAGACGCAGGGGCGCCUAAGGUGGAAGAGGCGGUCGUUGCCGUCCUGGGUUCAAGCCUCGACACCUUCGAGUGCGAGUUGUUCGACGCGAACCCUUCGGCGAUGUACAGGUGGGUCCACCUCCGAGGGGGCACGAACACCGAGAUGAUCUCUAAUCCGGGUGACCGUGCAGGAGACGCCGGGCGUCGUCUGCGCCUGGAGAACGUCCAAUGGUCCGACGAGGGUGAGUACCGAUGCGUCGCCUAUAACGUGAUAAACGGAGUACGUCGAGAGGCGCCGAGCGACGCCCGCUACGUUCUCCACGUCACAGGGCCCCCCGAAAUCCAGACGGGGGCCUCGUCGGCUGGGGAAUCUGCGGACGGGGGCGACAUCCGGUCCAUCGGAUGGGUCGGGGAACCGGUUCACAGACUGAGGUCCCGGUUCUGCUCCAGGCCUCCACCUCGCCUCGUCGCUUGGCAGUGGGGAAGCUCGCAUAUCAGGGCUGGAGAAAGCAUUCCGCCGAAGUACGAAGCGCUUCCGUUAGAACCGAUUAUUGAGAACAAGAUGGUGACGAAUUGCUACUGGGCGAAGCUCGAGAUAAAGGAUGUGCAGAAGGAGGACGCGCGGGUUUAUACGUUGCUGGUGGAGAGCGAGAAGGGCAGGGAUUCGACAAAUGUCCUUUUACUGGUACGGGACCCGAUGGGGACGCGCUUGAUCGCGGCAGCCGCGGCGGUCGGGACUUUGUUUCUUCUUGGGCUAUUCGCGAUCUGUCUUUACGCCGCGUUCAGGUCUAAACGAACCGAUUUAUACAGCCAGGAAGUUGAGGAGGGAAGCAUUGCGGCGGACGCUUUUUACAGCCCAACGUCUACCGUCGACAGGCAGAGAAACGCCGAUCAGUCUCAGAUGCAGGCAAGCCAGGACCAGACCAAGUCGCUAGCUAACAAUAAAGAGCCGCUGCACGAAAGCCCUCUCGCUGUUCUUUAUGGAUACGAUCACAUUUCGAAACAGGCGGCUAUGACUAGGUCGCCGAUGAGCCCAGAAGCUCUGAAAGUUAGGCGAGCUCCCGUCGUUCUACAGGCUCCAACGAUAGUUUAGCGAACGUUAACGUUAUUUCAUAUGUUGAACGAAAUACGUAUUGACACAAAUUUUUACCGAAAAGCUGGUUUCACAGUAUGCUAGCGAUAAUAUGCGUGGAAUGUUGUAUUAUUGAAUAUAGUAUAAAGAUUAUUUUUCUAUU